CGUAUUUUGGACAGCAUGGCUCAUAUCACACAGGCGGUUACGUCACUCCACUGGGAAAGACUCGUGCAUCGAGUCAGCGUUUGUCAACAUUCUUACAGCAGACUGGAUGGUUAGAUGAGCGAACACGUGCCGUCUUUGUGGAGAUGAUUCUGUAUAACCCACAUGCGAGCCUGUUCUCUAUGGUGACUCUAGUGGUAGAGUUUACCAACCUGGGAGCUGUCUACAAAGGUUCCGAGGUUGUAACCUUGAGGCUGAUACAACAAGACGCCAUCUUACUCUUCGUGUUGCGAGCUGUGCUGGCAGCCUUCAUUCUCGUAUUUACAGUAAAAGAAGCCAGGAAACUUUUCUCUCGCCCGAUGGAGUACCUGACUGAGUUUUGGAGCUGGGUUGAACUCCUUGUAAUCACUGUUGGCAUCGCGACCCUUGGUGUUUAUUUCACCGCUCAGGGCUUCAUCGAUGAGGCUGCUGAACAACGGAAAUUUUCAAGCUUCGUUUUUGGUCUCUACAAGAGCGCAGUCAACUGGUUCCAACUGUAUACUUACCUGCUCGCGUUACUCAUAUGUUGUGGCACGUUAAAGUUCAUUCGGCUCCUACGGUUCAAUUCACACGUUUUCGCCCUAUCCGUGACCUUAAAAAAGUCCUUCAAACCGAUUUUGCAGUUCACUUUGAUGACUAGCAUCAUUCUCGUUGCCUUCACUCAGAUGGGGAAUCUUGUUUUCGGCGUCAAGUUACAGGAUUACAAGAGCAUGCCAAGCAGUCUACAAAGCCUGUGCACUAUGAUGUUGGGUAGUUUUAAUUUUGAUGCUCUCGUCGAUGGACAUUGGGUCUUUGGACCUUUAAUGUUCUUUUCCUACCAAGUCUUGAUGCAGUUCAUAUUACUUAGCAUGUUCAUGGCUAUCCUCAUGGAUGUGUACGCCGAGGAAUGUCAGGAUCCAGGUACAGAUGAUUUACAGAUGGUUGCUUUAAUUAGAGAAACCACUUCAAAAGCUGCUGGGAAAGCAAAUCGUACUCUGUCGACGAUCGGGAAGAGCAACAACAAGACUACAGCCCAGGCUGGAACACCAGAUCUGGAUAAUCGCAGAAAGUUUUCAAAGGUUCUCAAGGAACUUGAUGAAGCUGCUUUAACCUGAAUUAAACGUAGCAACCAUCCAUCAGCUGAACUAUCCUUGGAACCGUAUAGAAAUGACAGAUGGAUUUUAUGCCUUUCCCCCCUAAUACCUUGGUCACAGUUGACACGAGCUGUCAAUGCCAUAUAGAGAUUCCAUUCUGCCUUGUAGAGGUGUCGGUGUGUUAAUGCGAAAAACUAGCAACAACUUGACUAUUGGCUGGCUCCCGUUCGGUUCCCGUCAGGCUCCAAAGUGGUGUCUCGGAGGCUCAGGAUUCCAGUUGUUUUUCACAGCACAGUCGAGCAGUUGCUGGCCUAUAUUUCACAGGGACCGAUGGCCCGCUUGAGCCUCAAAAUAGGUCGACAGCUGCGACAGUCUAAAAUAGCAUCGAUAUAAAUCACAAAAAAGCCAACUGAAAAUGCCUGAAAGUGUCACUUUUGUAGUGUUACUGUUGUAGUUAGAAGUACCUACCACUUUCUUGUCGUGACUUAUGCUGGGAUAACAUUUUUAAUGGCGCCCGGUCGGGAAGUAUGCGACAACGGAAAUUAUGAUAUGAAAACCUACAAAAACUUUUCAUAUAUCUAUGUUUCUUGAUAUGCAUUUUUGUGUUUCAUAACCACGAGAAGCACAGUCACAGGUUUUGAAGUCUGGCCCUGGCAUAAGCGAGUUCGAGGCAUAAGGCAUGAAUAAAAGGAAUUUUUUAUUGACACCACAAAAGUAUAGCGACUUUCGUAAGGUCUAUAUAACAACUACUUACAGUACAACUAAACAGACAUGUAUUGAUAUCUAUAGGCAUGAAUAAAUCAACAUAAUGGUCUCCCAUGCC